GCGUCCAUCUCCAGAGAGCAGUAUGGAGGAGUGUGACCUGCUGAAAGAGAGGCUGCAGGCCAUAACUGAGAAGCAUCGCAUUCAGGAAGACAUUAGACAGAGGAAACUGGAACUGGACCAAGAAAAACUCAAACUUCAGCAUCUAAAGAAAAAGGCUCUGAGAGAGCAGUGGCUGCUACAGGACUCAGCUUCCCAUAAUGCAACAGACUUCCUACAGCAACAGAGCCUUCUGUAUGGCCAGCAGCAGAGCAGAGCACUGCAGCUCAACAUCCACAGGAUAGAAAUGGAGGUGGAGUCUCUGGAGAGAGAUGAGUCUAAGGUUUCUACCAAAGAGAGUUUCAUCCUCAAAAGGCUGAAGACUUUGGAGAAAAGUCCAUGCGACAUUAUCAAGGAGGCCCAGGACAGCUUUGUUUGUGAGCCUUUACAGGUCACCACAGUGACCCCUGAUGUCCCAGAAUCCCUCUGUCUACCAGCCAACAAACACCCUGAACAAAGCCCACCAAGACACACUCUGUUUGCCAUGGAGAUCAAUGUGACUAAAAACCUGUUGACUGGGAAGAGCACAGUACUUUCUACUGCAACCAUUCCUCCUGAGGAGUUAAACCAACACGUGGGGCUCAAGGUUUACGACGACGGCAGGAAGUGUGUUUUUGCCUUGAAUUCACAAGAGGGGUCACAUGAUCAGAGCUGCGUGUCUGAGCUGUCAGCCAACGAGGUGGAACAGUUGCUGAGAAGCGCAACAGUGCAUCGGCAAGUAAAGCAGCAAAACUACCACCAAAAUUCCAGCAGAAGGGAGGAGCAAUGCUUUUACAACCACCAAGACGAGAGAGGUGGGGUAGAGGGGUUUGACCUAAGAAACCAGCGAGGACAUCAUGGGAACUAUGUCCUCAGAAACAACAUGACAGAGAAAGACUGCAGGGAAAACUGGCAGAGGAAAGCAGGGGAAGAGCAUCACUGUGGUCACCAGGAAAGCCAUUACAGACGGCAGGAAGAGAGAAAUAACCAAAGCAACGUGAGGGAAGCUCAUCGCCUUGGAAGCCACAAGGGGGUGGGACAUCACUAUGGCAACCACAAAGAUGGUCACCACAGUUCGUACCAGGUGACAAACGGUCACGGUGUUCAGGAAGAUCGGCCUGCGAGCCACCACACCACCAGCAUCAUCAAAAGUAAUAGUGUGGUGAAUGGAGGCAGAACCAAUGACUGCCCUCCUCCCAGAUCACAUGACCAGGAAGCAGUGUGUGCCUACCAACCGCAGCUCUGCUACACUCCAGCCAAUCAUAUUCCUCUUAGUGAUUACAUCAGCGUGGAUAAAGAAGAACUUUAUAGCUGCAGCACACCCUCCUAUCACAGACCACCCACUGCCCUGUACAGUGGCCCCGCCCACUCUGACAGAGUGCCAUCCCCCCUCUACGGAGAUGACCACCCUUACACCAUCCUCAACGCCAUUGACACCACUGAACCAAUCACAGCCAUCUUCAUGGGCUUCCAGAUGGCGCAGGAUGACAGUAGGGGUCAGGAGUUUGAGGGCGCCCUGAGGGCAGAGCUGGUCAUCAUUGAGGACAACGAAGACAACAGUGAUGACAACAGCAUGAAGGAGAAGAUACACCACGCCCACCUUGGGAGCAAUAUUUCCACAGGAAGUUUAGCCAAUGGAAAUGUGGGUCGUGUGGAGGGAGUUGGAGACAGAGUGACUGAGAGACGGGGGGGACCAGGUAUCAGAAAGAUCCAGAAAAAACACAAACCCUGCUGUACUGUAUGCUAA